UCGCCUUGCGGGAAUCCUCCGCCCCCUGGGGGCCGGGCCAGGCGUCAGAUUCGCUUUCGCUUUCGUGCAGUGACGCUCCCCGCCCCACAUCUCGGGGGCGACCUCCGGGGGAAGGGCAAGCGGGGAGGACCCCCAGCCCAGCUGCUGCUCCGAGGCAACCUCCCUGCAGCAGGGACCACCCCACCAUGGCUGCCAAGGCCCCGUCCCUCUCCGAAGCCCUCACCAGCGGCUUCCUGACCUGCACCAUCUGCCUGGAGCGCCUCUGCCGCCCCAAGAUCCUGCCCUGCCUGCACAGCUACUGCCAGGAGUGCCUGCGGAAGUUGGCAGGAGGCCGGAAGGAGCUUCAGUGCCCCGAGUGCCGUGAGCGGGUGGCUCUCCCACAGGGGGGCGUGGGUGCUCUCCGGACCAACUUCUUCAUCAACGGCCUGCUGGACCUGGUCCACCCCACAGGGGAGGCAGAGCCCACCUGCAGCCUUUGCCCGCUCAUCGGUCAAGAGACCGGCCGGCCGGCCGUCUCCCGCUGCCUGGACUGCGCUGACGACAUGUGCCGGGACUGCGCCAGCGGGCACCGCUGCUCCCGCCUCACCCACCUCCACCACGUGGUGGCCAUGGAGGACUACCUCUCCGGGGAGCAUGACGAGGAGAUCCGGAAGCGCCAGGCGCUGCAGUGCAAGGAGCACCCCGGCGAGGAGCUGCGCUUCUUCUGCACGCCUUGUACCGUCGUCCUCUGCCGGGAGUGCCGGCUGGGGGCCCACCUCCAGCACCCUUGCCUGCCCCUGGCUGAGGCGGCCCAGGCCCGCCGGCCGGUCAUCGUGGAGCUCCUGGCCGGGGUGGAGGAGACGGUGCAGGUCAUCCGGGCGGGGAGGGCCAGCCUGGAGAGGGAGGCUGCGCAGCUGCAGGUGCGCGAGGCUAGCAUCCGGGAUGCGGUGGAGCAGGCGUGCUCGCAGGCGGUGCAGCGGCUGCUGGCGCAGCAGGAGGAGGUCCUGGCCCAGCUGGCGGACUACGUGAAGGAGCGGCAGAAGGCCUGCCAGGCCCUCUGCUCCGAUCUGGAGUUCCAAGAGCAGGUGGCCUCCAGCACUGUGGCCUUUGCCCAGAAGGUGCUGAGUCUGGGGAGGGAGGUGGAGAUCGUCUCCCUGGAGCAGGUCAUCUGUGAGCGUCUCAGGCAUCUGCAGGGCUUCUCCUGGGAGCCGCUGGCCACCCGCCUGCCCUGCCUGGAGGUCGACACUGAGAUCGAGGGCAGUGGCCCUUGCCUGUUCCACCUGGAGUUCCGGGAGGAGAUCCCCACUAGAGUGCCGGAGGGGCCCCAGGAGGCAGCCACAAAAGGGGCAAAGAAAGAGACCCACCUGCCCUGCUUGGAGGUCAACGCUGAGAUCCCCACUGGAGUGCCGGAGGGCGCCAAGGAGGCAGCCACAAAAGGGGCCAAGAAGAAAAGGAGGAAGCAACAGCAGCAAGUGCCGCCUGCCAAGGAGGAAUCCCCUGUGCCUCCUCCCAAGGACCCGGAAGCCCCCCUUCUGACACCCAAGGCUCUCUUCUCGUGUAGCUUCUGGGUCAAGACCCCCAGUGACAAGAAGCGUCCUCAGGUCACAGGGCUCUGCCCCUUUGGCUCUGGAGAGCUUCUGGUGGCUGAUGAGCAAAACCAGAAGCUGAAGCGCUUCUCCCUGCAGGGGGAGUUCAAGGGCACUGUUCCUGUCCCCAGUGGCGUGGCCCCGGUCAGCGUGGCCACCGUGGGCAGCAAGGUGGCCUUCACAGCCGGCUCCUGCCUCUACCUCCUGAACGGUGAAGGUGGCCUGGUGUGGCAGAAGGCCCUGCGAAGGGGGCAGGCCAGCCAUGCCGUGGUGGGGCUGGGGGGAGACCGUAUGGCAGUGUGUGUGGCUGGGCAGCUGGAGGUGUACGACCUGGAGGGGCGGCUGCUGGAGAAGAUUGUGCCUGAGGGAAGUGGGGAGAGGUGCCUUGUCUUCCUGGCCAACCACAAGGACGGCUUUGUGGGCUCGGACUGGUACCGCCGCAGCGUGGUCCUGUUCACCAGGACGGGGCAGCUGGUGGCCGAGUGCUCUGAGGAGCAGCUGGGCGAGUGCCAGCCGGGGGCCGUUUGUGCCGACGCCACGGGCAUUAUCUACGUGGUCCUACGGGAGCUGAACAAGGUGGUGGCCUUCUCCCCCAGUGGGAAGGAGUUGGGGGCGUUCCUCACUGCCGAGAACAGCAUCGACCGACCGCGAGUGGUCACGGUGGCUAGGGAGGGGCGCUUUGCCGUGGCUCUGAGCAACGGCACCAUCCACAUCUUCCGGAUUAGGUAUUAGGGCAAGUGAGCCAGAGAAAGGGCAGGGUGUGUGUGUGUGUGUGUGUUGAAAGCUGUAUGUCCCAGUGUUAAUGACCCAAAGCAGACUGGUGUGCCAUGGUCGCACAAGGUGAGCAAUGGUGUGUGUAGGAGAGUAAAAGCAGCAGUUCCUCCCGCCUGCCCUCCUGUCUGGAUUGGGUCGGCUCCCAGAGUUGUGCUUUACUUACCUGGGGUUGUUGUUCCCAAGGGCGGCCAGCAGAGGGCAGUGUGGAAAUGAUAGAACCUGGCAUAGAUCGCCUAACUGCCAAAAUUUACAUUCCUUUUGUUCUCCCGUGUAAAUCAGGGCAUGAAAUGUCCAGAGGAUGUGAGGAAUGAUAAUGCUGCUUUUUUCACCAAAAAUCCAAAAGGCUGCAACAGCUAGAUAUCGGCAGGCAGCAGCAGAGACCUGCUUACACUUAUAUUUAGACCAGUUUGCGAUCAGGACGCCCGUCAAUUGGACGGCUUGGGGCUGGAAUACGGUUUUUUGUAUACUUCAGCAGGUAUAGAACUUGUUUACUUGUUUAGUCAGGAUGUGGCUUGUCUCUUGAGUCAAUGUGUGAAAGCAUAGAAGUAAGGUAAAGGGACCCCUGACCAUUAGGUCCAGUCGUGGCCGGCUCUGGGGUUGCGGCGCUCAUCUCGCUUUAUUGGUGGUUUAACCCACAGCGCCACCCGUGUCCCCAAAAACAUAGAAAGCAUGGACCAAUUAAGGAGAAAGGUAAACAGGAGGGGUGGUCCUCGAAAUCAGAGUGAUGGGAGAUGUUGACAAAGGCGGGGAUUUUAGCAGGGAAAUUAGGUGGUCGUGAUGGGCUGUAAACCUUGCAGUACCCAGCCAGUGGGGAGACGAGGGAGGGAACCUGCGCUUCAGAUAUAGGGAAUAUAAGCUUAUGCUUUGUCAAUUUUGGGUGUGCCUGCUUUGGACAACUGCUCUUGCAAGGACAUAUUGUAUUCAAUAAACUCUCUGCUUUUUCACCAGUUUUAUUCAGAUUAAGGGAUUAAGGGUUUUAGGAGCCACUUUUUAAAAACUUCUGACAGAGGAGGACCCCUCUGACAAGAUGGUGGGCACCAUAACCUUUCCAACGUGCCUUUUCUGCUCUCAGGAGGAAACUCGGGGCUUGGCCAGGUGUUCUGCAAAAGGGUGGCAGAAUCCGUUACGCAGGAGGGCUCUCGGAUUUGGCCUGCUGGUGUGGCCAGCUUCCAGCUGCUAAAUGGGGCAUAACACAACACAACAGAGUGUGUGUAAUCGGAGCGCGAAUCUGAGAGUGUGGGGCAGGAUAUUAAGCCUGAACGUUAUAUUCAUUUGCACCCCAAGGAGACCAUCACUGAGUGGGGAUCCCGUCUGUGCCUUCCGGAACAAUCUGACAGAAGAACAUGCUUUGUAAACUCUGUUGUGAUCACCAUUCCUCUCUUCCCUAUAAAUAUCAUUUAAUAAUAAAACAAACAUGUAUAUUUGCAUCUUUGCAAGAGAGGACAAUUGUAUAUGAGCUGAAAUAAAGAGUCUGGAUAAAACA